AUGUGGGGUAUGACACCGAUGACACGGCUCGCGGCGCGCGCUGCCCAGAGCAGCGCGAGUCGUUCGGGUCUAUGCUAUGCGGUGCCUACUGCGUUCCGGAGCUCGCCGGGAGCAUUGCUAUGUACGAAGCGCGGCCUGAGCUCGUCCUUGUGCUGGGCCGAGCGCAACGAAGACCGCACCCGGAAGGAUUUCCGCGAGGACGCGGCGGCCGAGCGCGCGGCAGACCAGAAGUACGACGCGGCGGCCGAGAAGGAGGGCUAUGAUUCGCAAGACUACGCUUCAAAGGUCAGCAAGGAGCAGUCCGUGCGCGACGAUUUCCGCCAAGACGCCGAGGCGGAGCGCGAAGCCGACAAGGCGUACGACGCAGCAGCCGAGAAGGAGGGGUACAACCCGUCUGACUAUACCGCAGAGGGGCGCGAGAGUGCAGAGGAGAAGGAGCGCAACGAAUUCCGUGAGGACGCGCUUGCGGAGCGCGAAGCCGACGAGAAGGACGACGCUGCGGCGCGCAAGGCCGGCUUCCAGCGGUACCCCGCGUCGUUUGUCCUGCCGACAACCGUUCCCCAUAUCUCGCGCCUCGCCACGACUGAGGCAGAGCACCGCAAGAAGCUCCUGCACGUGCUCAACGUCAUCAACCUGCCCCAGUUCCUGUACGCCUUUGCGUAUGGCUCCGGCGUCUUUAGCCAGGCCAAGAUGGCCAAGCAGCAGCCGGGCGGUGUGCCGCCGAUGAUCGACAUGGUGAUUGCCGUGCGCAACCCGGCCAUGUGGCACGCUCGCAACAUGCUUACCAACCCCCAUCACUAUCCCUGGUGGGUGCGCUGGGGCGGCCACUGGGCCCUGCGCAAGGUGCAGAAUAUGGGCGCUGGGAUCUGGUAUGUCCCGUACGUCAAGUCGGAGGGCGAAAUUAUCAAGUACGGCGUGAUUUCGGUGGACCGCAUGUGUGAGGAUCUCUUGCAGUGGGACACGCUCUACGUGAGUGGCCGCAUGCACAAGCCCAUUGCGACGCUCUUUGACUCGACCGAUGGGCGCGUGCCGAUCGCUGAGCAGGCCAACUUGGCCUCGGCGCUGCGUGUCUCGUUCCUGCUGCUGCCGGAGCGCUUCACGGAAGAGGAUCUGUACACCACCAUGGCCUCGCUGAGCUACAUGGGCGACUUCCGCAUGAAGGUACCGGGAGGUGAGAACCAAAACAAGGUGCAGAACAUUGUGCAGAACCAAAAGGCAUGGUUCCGUUUCAUGUGCGCGGACCUCGUUACCCGUUUCCGCUUUGUGCGUGUCGAGCCAGAAAGCGGGGUCAAGUGGCAUACGAUGAUGCAAGACAUUUCGCCCAACACGCGCGCAUCGAUCGCAUCGAACCUGCCUGCGAACCUGCGCAAGCGCAUCAUCAAGCAUUACCUACGCAACCCAUCGCAUCACCCCCUCUUUAAGGAGCUGAGCGAGAUGGGCGAGGAGGCAUUUGAGCGCGAUGCCGCUACGCCGCAGGUCUUGCCAGAGGUCAAGAAGCUUAGCAAAUCAGACGCCAAGGUCGAGAACCUGGCCUCGGGCGCGAGCGCCAAUAAUGACCAGCUUCCCCCGCUCAUUACGCGUUUCUGGCUGGCGGUGGUGCAGCAGGACUCGUUCAACGAGGUACUCAAGGACCAGCUCGCCGCGACCGUCAACUAUCCUGCGCAGGUCCAGUCGCUCAAGGGUUUGUACACGGCGGGUAUUGGCCGCUCGCUGCGCUACUUGCUUUCCAAGUUUAACAAGUACCGUGAGGGCCAAAAGAAAUAA